ACGCAGGCGUGGCCCCGAAGCUUCCGGGGGCCACUUCCUCCUUUGUCUCCUAGCUACGGCUGGUAGCGUUGUUGACAUCCCGGGAGUCUGUGCCGCCAGCCUGAGCCCAGAGUUUCGCGGCCUCCGCGAUGGCAGAGGUGGAAGAAACCUUAAAGAGGAUCCAGAGCCACAAAGGGGUUAUUGGAACUAUGGUUGUAAAUGCAGAAGGUAUACCCAUCCGAACAACCUUGGACAACUCAACAACUGUUCAAUAUGCAGGCCUUCUUCAUCACCUGACAAUGAAAGCCAAAAGUACAGUUCGUGAUAUUGAUCCUCAGAACGACCUGACUUUUCUUAGGAUCAGAUCAAAGAAACAUGAAAUCAUGGUAGCUCCAGUGUCCUCACCCUGGCUACACAUUAAAUCACUUGGAGGACUUUUUAAAAAUUUUUCCAUCCCUGCAACUCCACCCCAAACCAAUGAAAUCAGAAUCUCUGAGGCCCAAGGAAAUGGGUAUUUUCUAAAGGCUCAACAGAUAAGGAAUAUCUUCUGAUCGUCAUUCAGAAUCCAUGUGAAUAGACCUGUGAUGGCCAAGGCUGUCUAAGCGACACUGGGUUAGAAACACUUGGCUCUCUCAUGAUGAUUAAAAUUCUAUUUCAAUCUAACUGACCCUUCAAACAUUCUUUUCUAUUUCUACAUCUAAACUGUUCUGCAUGUCUCAUUUAGUCCCUUUUGAUUAUAUUGUGAAGUUGUACUUUAGUGAUACAAUAAAUGAAUU